UGCGCUCCUGUCCCGCCCUGUCCCGGCCCCAGCACGGACACAUGAACUGCAGCGAGGGUGGCACCUCCUACAGGGCGGAGUGUGAGGUGCGCUGUACAGAGGGCUACAGGCUGGAGGGAGACGCCAGGCUCAGCUGUCAGGCCGACUCACUGUGGAGCGGGAUCCAACCACGGUGUGUGGAGGUGCGUUGUCCCCCCAUGGUGACUCUGAGGAACGUCCUGCGGUCGCCCCCUGCCUGUGGAAAGAGGGAAGUGAAGCCUGGCACCAUGUGCCGCCUCGCAUGUCGCCACGGUUACAGUCUCCAAGGAGACGUGGACGCACGCUGUCUCUCCUCUGGGGACUGGAGCACUAACAUCCACAAAACCACCUGCACAGAUUCAGAGCGUCCGUGGAUCCAGUGCCCCAGAGACGUGGUGGCAGAGACGGACGAGCGGCGUGGCACUGCCAACAUCAGCUGGAAUGUGCCCACUGCUACUGACAACUCUGGGGAGGAGGUCCUGGUUCAGGUGAAGCCUGUGUACACCCCUCCCCAGCUGUUCCCUAUAGGAGAGGAGAAGAUAAUCUAUACAGCGACAGACCGUGCUGGGAACCAGGCUAACUGCACCUUCACUGUCACUGUCAUAGAUACGGAGCCCCCUGUGAUUGACAGGUGCAGGUCACCGCCCACUUUCCAGGCCACAGACACGCAGGCGGCCGUUGCCUGGGAGGUGCCCCAGUUUUCCGACAACUCAG